UUCCGGUUCCGGUUUAGACGCCUGGGAAGCUAGCUAGCUACUUCGAUACAGGUUUCAAUUGCUUCUUUGACCCAUCAUCUCUUCACUGGCAACUUUCUCAACAGAGAUUAGAUACGUCUACGUUCCAGCAUGUCUCACAACUACUCCUACAGACGACCACCACCAGCUAAAGAUCUAAGAGAUAGCUCUUUAGACUCUCCAGAUCACCUGCACCCCGGAGACCACAGUGACAAUGUUUACAGGUCGUCUCAGGAGCCACCAUCUCAUUGCACAAUACCAUCCUACCCAUACUCCUCAUCCAGAGCCUCCGCUGCCACCGAGUCCCCUUACUCCUCCUCACUAAACAGGUCAGACCAAACUCUCCUGAGCAGCUGUGGGCUCGAGCCCAAAGACUUGUCUCUACUAGCCGAGAUGCCUGAGGAUCUCAACAACGUGGAGAACCUACCACAUCUGGUCCUGGAGAUCAAGAAGAAGAGGGCGACACAGCAGUCGCCAUAUCCAGCUAUGAUCUCUUACCCUCUUGCUGCCAUAUCUCGUCCCCCCUCUGCUACCCCGCCUCCAGGCCGUGUGUGGGAGCAGGGUGACCGGAGUCAUUCUCAACAAUUAGACUACCCGUUGGACAUCCACCCCUCUCUUCCCCCUUCCCAACUUCUUCCCACAGAACAGGCUGAGCCCUGGCAACUAGAUCGGCAUGGCAUCUCGAUGCAGUACACAUGCUCUCGCCUAGAACCUGUACCUGUCCAAGAUGUGGACUACCCCUAUGGUAAAGAAACUCCCAGAAGUUACCAAACUCCUAGGUCCACUUACAGCACGGCCCAAGGAGGAAGCAGCAGCAGCUGGAAACCCCCCAACUCAUCCCAACCAGCAGUAGAUUACAGGUACUCACCACCACCGACUACAGACUACAGACCACGCCCAGACCAAGAUGUCCCAGUUGUCACAAUCAAGAUGGCCACCUCUGGCAACACUCCCACCAAGAAGGCUGCUCUUGACUUCCACGGAGAAAUCCCCAAAACAUUUCCUCAUUCGUGCUCUCUCUGUAAUAUUACCGUGCUCUCUGAAAAGUACUGGUUCCCACAUGCCAAUGGAACUCAACAUGCAGAGGGACAGCUCACACUUCUUAAAAUGUAUCCUGAGUGGGAUUGCCAGAUGCAGACCACCAGAAAUGGUGAUGAGACCGAAGAAGAGACCGAAGAAGAGACAAAGACACCGAAGAAGAGAAGAAAAGAGAAGACUGGUGGACCUUCCCAUAGGUUGAUUAACUACUUGGGUAAACCGUCAAGUAGCGGCUCUAGAGAAAGAAAAGACCCUAAGACAAAGGUUGCUAAGAGGAGUGGCAAAGUGGUUUGUGCCAAAUUUACUGCCCGGUCUCUCAACGAAGAUGGUUUGAAGGACCUGAUUAAACCGUUUGGUGAAGUUGUGAAAGUCAUCAUGUUCCCUGCUUUGCUUCAGGCGUUUGUGGAGAUGGGCUCAAAGGACCAGGCCGCCGAUAUUGUGACAUACUACCUCAGUAACCCAGUGAUGGUGAAAGGAGGACAAGUCACCUUCUCUGUCUCUUCAACAUUUAAUUUCCUGCAGAGUUCCCGGGUGUUGCGUUUUUCCCCUGUGCCUUCUGGCAAAGAGUCUGCCGCGUGGAAGAGAGAGUUACUGGCCGUAGCUGAAGGAUUUGGACCUGUAAAGCGCACUCUAUUCUUACCCACGCAGGCAUUUGUGGAAAUGACAAAUGCACUAGAUGCACAGAAGCUMGUUGGACACCAUACGUCUAAACACCUGAAAAUAGAUGAGAUACAUAUUAAAGUGGCCUUCUCUUCAGAGUAUAAUACACUUCGGACCAUAUCUGACAAGAAGUCUUUAGACAUGAAGUCUAAAGACAGGAGCAGGAAUUCUGAAGACCGAUCUAAGAGGAAGAGAACCCCAAGCCACAGAAGGCGGUCCCUCAGCCCCAGGAGAGAUUCCCCAACCACCUCAAAAAGGAGGAGGAGUAGAGAGAGGGAUAGCGACCACCACAAAGAACGAGUGAAAUCAAAACUGGGGGGUAAAGCAGUCCAAAGGUCCCCAGCAAACAAGUCCAGCCGGUCUUCCAGAAGCCCUCGCAGCCAAGGUCCCCCAGCAAAACAGAGCUCCAGCGGUCUUCCAGAAGCCCUCGCAGGCAAGGUCCCCCAGCAAACAGAGCUCCAGCCGGUCUUCCAGAAGCCCUCGCAGGCCAAGUCCCCAGCAAACAGAGCUCAGCCGUCUUCCAGAAGCCCUCGCAGGCCAAGGCAAGUCCCCAGCAAACAGAGCUCCAGCUGUCUUCCAGAACCCUCGCAGGCCAAGGUCCCCCAGCAACAGAGCUCCAGCCGGUCUUCCAGAAGCCCUCGCAGCCAGUCCCCACAAACAGAGCUCCAGCCGGUCUUCCAGAAGCCCUCGCUCCCAUACAAAAGAGAGGUCUCCAGUGAGAAGAAGACCCCAGGUUCUGGUUAA